AUGAGUAUCAUUGAACGUAAGAUGCAGCUUUGUGUGAAUAAACUUGAUCAAUGGGCCACUGACAAUGGCUUUAGAUUCUCCAAGGCAAAAACGACGAAGAUGUCGUGGUUAAUUUCCGAUAGCAGGCGGAUACACCCGAGCACGACACCGGACCAAGAAGAACGUGAGGCUUCCGAGACAACCAGCUCCAGUGUGUCACUGACCCCCUCCCAGCUGAACACGGCCAUCCAGGACAUCGUCCCCACGGAGAGCAGAGUCGCAAAAUGUAGAACGUUUUGGCAAGGUAACCCGAUAACGGUGAAUGGGAGACAGAUGCAAGUGCUGAAAAUCAUCGUGAUCGUGAUGAUUCCAGUCAUAAUGGCGACGGGCAUGAUCGGCAAGAUCUUCUUCAACACCGUCAAUAACUACAUCGAUGUCAACUCCUUCAGGAAGAUGCUGCUGUAUAGUAUAGACCUGGGACGGGUCAUCCACCACCUCCAGGAAGAGAGGGACAUCAGCGCCUUGUACCGGAGUUCCACGAUGGAGCAAACGAAGAAACUUCUCACGAACAAGUAUCCUGAGACUGACGUCACCAUAUCGCACCUCCCCUACUGGGCUGCUGGACCCACCCGGAACAAACCAGAGUUCCGUUCCAAAGACAAGUUUCUGUCCUUUCUGAAUAAGCACAGGUACGAACUAGACGUUCGGAACCAAACGGUGACGUUGGAGCUACAGUUUUACACCAGUCUCAUCCGCACCUUCACGUCGUGGGUGCACAACGCCAUCACGGAGCGACUAACUGGCUCUAUCUGGCGGCGACUGAUCGCCUACCACGAAAUCAUCAUCGCCAAGGAGUACAUGGGCCUGGAGCGGACGCUGGGCACGGUCUUCUACGCCAAGGGAUCCUUCAGCUCGCACGACGACUACCUCUGGUUCGCGGAGAGUCGAGAUGUCACCAUGUCAACCUUUCUCUCGGCAAAGCGCUACUCCAGGCGUGUGAAGGAACUGUUUCAGCAAAGCACUAAUGCCAAUAGCAGACUGAUGCGAGCGUUGGACCGAAUGCGCGCGCAGAUCAGGCGAAACGACCUGACGGGCGGCGGGUCUGUUGUCCUGGCUCAAUGGUGGUUCAACAACAUGACCCUCCACAUGGACAUCCUCCUGGAGACGCGCAACAAGCUGGCCGUGGACAUCAACCUAAAUCUGGAGGUGCAACAUAAGAACACACUCAGCACCAUGGUGGCCAUCUCGUGUCUGUUCGGCGGCAUCGUCUUUCUCUUCGCCACCAUCAUGUUCGCCGUCUACUCCCUCACCGACGAUAUCCAGCUGUACUCCGUCAGCCUCGCAGAAAGAACAAAAGGACUUGACAAGGAGAAUAAGCAGACAGACCAGCUCCUCUUCCAGAUGCUGCCCAGAUCGGUGGCUCGCAAACUGAAGCGUCACGAGGACGUGCCGGCCGAGUGGUUCGACUCGGCCACAAUCUUCUUCUCCGACAUCCAAGGCUUCACCAAGGUCUCAUCCAAGAGCUCGCCCAUCCAGAUCGUCUUCAUGCUCAACAACCUUUACUCCUGCUUCGACGACAUCAUCGCCAUGUACAACGUCUACAAGGUGGAAACUAUCGGAGAUGCCUACAUGGUGGCCUCGGGCGUGCCCAAACAAAGCGACCACCGCCACGAGGCAGAGAUAUGCAACAUGGCGGCACACAUCCUGAGCAGCAGCCGGAAACUCGUCAUCCCUCACCAGCCGGGAACCACCUUCAAACUGAGAAUCGGCUGUCAUAGCGGAUCGGUGGUGGCUGGAGUUGUUGGAACAAAAAUGCCGAGAUACUGUCUGUUCGGAGAAACCAUCAGCAUUGCUGCCAAGAUGGAGUCAUUGGGCAAACCUGGCAAGAUUCACAUCACUGAGAAGACGUACGAAGGCCUACGACAAUCAGACGGCUUCAUAAUCGAGGAACGUUUAGAAGAUAUUGUCAAAUAUGAGCUGGGUGUUUUUCACACGGGGGCACUGAAGACCUACUGGAUACACAAGCCGAGUGACUCGGACGUGGAGACUCAGCCAGAGGCACAUGACAAUUCAGUGGACAGUGAUGACGAAGAUGACCCGGAUGACGUGCACGUGCGAGGGAAAUCCACGGCUAUCAUGUGA